CACCAAGCAAGAGAAGAUGGCGGGAACCCUCAGAGGGAAACACCGCCUCGCUCCCACCCUCACGGCUUUGCCUGGCCCCUACUGCUGGUUUCUGUGGCUCUGGCUCCCUGGGCGGUCUGGGGCUUUCAUGCAACCAGAGAAAAGCGAGGCCGUACAAAGCAGGGCCGUUUGAGGGCUCCGGAGGCCAGAGGGAGAGAGCCUCCGAUCCUCCUUUACAGCCCUACGGGCUGCGGGGCGGUGAGCGGCCAGCAGGCCACGCCACCGCGCCAGGGAACGGGAAAGACUACAGGCCCCAGCAUGCCCCGCGGCUCCGUGCCCUACCACGCCCUCGCUCCGCCUUCCGGCCACGCGCCUGCGCACAGGGGCUGGUGGCGGAGCGCUGACGGCCUGGGAGCUGAGGGGCCAGCAACAGAGUGAGGGACAGACAGCCCUGCUGGGGGCCUCGGCCCGGCCCCAGCAGAGGCUCAGGAGGCCACGCAGGCGGCUGUGCGGAUGCCGAGCAGCCCUUUGGGCAGAAUGUCAGGAAGCCCUCCUGCCGGGGGCCCCUUCUCCGCCUUGACCCCGAGCAUGUGGCCACAGGAGCUCCUGGCCAGGAGUUCCCAGAAAGAAGAGCUGCCAGAGCAGCCAGAAGCCCGCUACGAUGAGUUUGGCUUCCGGGUGGACAAGGAGGAUGAUGCCGAGCCUGGCACCGGUGCCAGGCUCCGGGGCACGCCCCUGGCUGAGGACCCCCAGCAGAGGCUGAGGUGGCAAGCCCACCUGGAGUUCACCCACAACCACGAUGUGGGCGACCUCACGUGGGACAAGAUUGAGGUGUCCCUGCCCCGCUCGGACAAGCUCUACUCCCUGGUGCUGGCCGGCAUCCCCCAUGCCAUGAGGCCCCAGCUGUGGAUGCGCCUGUCCGGGGCCCUCCACAAGAAGAGGAACUCUGACGUGGCCUACCGCGACAUAGUCAGGAACAGCUCGGACGACGACACGCUGGCCGCCAAGCAGAUCGAGAAGGACCUGCUCCGUACCAUGCCCAGCAAUGCCUGCUUCUCGGCAGCGACCAGCAUCGGGGUGCCUCGGUUGCGCAGGGUCCUCCGGGGGCUGGCCUGGCUCUACCCCGACAUCGGCUACUGCCAGGGCACGGGCAUGGUGGCCGCCUGCCUGCUGCUGUUCCUGGAGGAGGAUGAUGCCUUCUGGAUGAUGUGCGCCAUCGUGGAGGACCUGGUGCCCGCCGCCUACUUUGGCGCUGCCCUGACAGGUGUGCAGACGGACCAGCGGGUGCUGCGCCAGCUCAUCGUGCAGUACCUGCCCCGGCUGGACCAGCUGCUGCAGGAGCAUGACAUCGAGCUGUCCCUCAUCACGGUGCACUGGUUCCUCACGGCCUUCGCCAGCGUCGUGCACAUGCGGCUGCUGCUGCGCAUCUGGGACCUGUUCUUCUAUCAGGGCUCGCUGGUGCUCUUCCAGGCCACACUGGGCAUGCUGCGCAUGAAGGAGGACGAGCUGAUCCAGUCGGAGAACUCAGCCUCCAUCUUCAACACACUGUCGGACAUCCCGUCGCAGAUGGAGGACCCGGAAGUCCUGCUGGCCGAGGCCGUGCGCCUGGCCGGCUCCCUGACCCACGCGGCUGUGGAGGCCCAGCGCCGCAAGCACCUGGCCUACCUCCUGGCCGAGCAGGGCCAGCUGCUGGGCCCCGCGGCCGCCGCCGGCCUCUCCAAGGUCGUCCGGCGCAGGACCCAGCGCAGGAAGUCGGGCAUCGCCUCCCUGCUCUUCGGGGAUGAGGACCUCGAGGCCUUGAAGGCCAAGAACAUUAAGCAGACGGAGCUGGUGGCCGACCUGCGGGAGGCCAUCCUGCAAGUGGCCCGUCACUUCCAGUGCGUGGACCCCAAAAACGGCAACGUGGAGCUGACCCCAGACUACACCAUGGAGAGUCACCAGCGAGACCACGAGAACUACGUGGCCUGUUUCCGCAGCCAGCGGCGGCGGGCCAAGGCCCUGCUGGACUUCGAGCGCCACGACGACGACGAGCUGGGCUUCCGGAAGAACGACAUCAUCACGAUCAUAUCGCAGAAGGACGAGCACUGCUGGGUCGGGGAGCUGAACGGCCUGAGAGGCUGGUUUCCUGCCAAGUUCGUGGAAGUCUUGGAUGAACGGAGCAAAGAGUACUCUGUGGCGGGGGACGACUCGGUGACGGAAGGCGUGAUGGACCUGGUGCGUGGCACGCUGUGCCCCGCCCUGCAGGCCAUCCUGGAGCACGGCCUCAAGAAGCCAUCCCUGCUCGGGGGGCCCGGACACCCCUGGCUGUUCAUCGAAGAGGCGGCCGGCCGGGAGGUGGAGCGGGACUUCGACUCGGUCUACUCUCGCCUGGUUCUCUGCAAGACGUACAGGUUGGACGAGGACGGCAAAGUCCUGACCCCGGAGGAGCUGCUCUAUCGGGCUGUGCAGUCGGUGAACAGGAGCCACGACGCCGCCCACAGCCAGAUGGACGUGAAGCUGCGCUCCCUCAUCUGCGUGGGGCUCAAUGAGCAGGUCCUGCACCUGUGGCUGGAGGUGCUGUGCUCGAGCCUGGCCACGGUGGAGAAGUGGUACCAGCCGUGGUCCUUCCUGCGGAGCCCGGGCUGGGUCCAGAUCAAGUGCGAGCUCCGAGUGCUUUGCUGUUUUGCCUUCAGUCUGUCCCAGGACUGGGAACUCCCCGUCAGGAAAGAGGAGAAGGAGAAGCAGCCCCUGAAGGACGGCGUCCAGGACAUGCUGGUGAAGCACCACCUCUUCAGCUGGGACAUCGACGGGUGACCCCCAGCCCCCCUUCAGGCCCAGGAGAGCGACAGUGCGAGGACCUUUAUUUUUUGGUUUAUAAAUAAACAGCAUUUGUGAAAGCA